CAGUAAUUUAAUCCAUUUGAAGAUUGGUGUUGUUGCCACGUUGUUAGUUUAUCUGACAUUUAUACUGAUUUACGAGCAAGAUGAUGGAGGAAGUAACAGCCCCUGAUUCCCCAGAUGCUCUGGCACAGAAAGUGUCAGAGACUAAUUUAGAAGAAGCCCUACAGGAGGCAGCACAUGAUAUGAAUGGGAGUUCAGCUGCUGGUGCCAAGUCCUCCCCAGCUAAACCUCCAGGAGCCUCCAUAGCCCCACCUUCCAAGCUACCACCCCAGUUUGCUGCAGGUCUUGUGAGUCCAGGGCAGACAGCACUGGUGCCACCAGAACCUGCACUUACAACCACAGGAGCGCCUGGAGCACCUCAGGCUACCGCAGUCCAAGGUUCAGCUCCCAGAAUUUUUACUCCUACCAUUACCCCAGAACCACAGCAAGGAUCACAAGCAGUGUCCUCCAAUACAGGGUUAAAUUUGUAUCCUUCUUUCAGUCCUGCUGUGCCGUCAAGUGUGAAUGCAGCAGGUGUGCCAACACAAUCCCCAGCACAAUACUACUCCGCUCCAGGGCCCAUGCAGACGCCCCAUGAAGCUAGUGCAUCCAUCAAUGUCCCUGAUGAACAGCAGACACAGAUGUCUAGCUCAGAACAAAGUAGCAGUGAGGGUGGAGGGAUAUUUGGCUGGUUUAAGAACAGUGAAAUAAUGCACAAAGUCAUGGAGAAAACAAAGAGUUCUGUUGAGUCUAUGAUAACGACAUUAGAUCCAGGAAUGAAGCAAGUUAUAUAUGCAAGUGGAGAUGUAGAUAUUGUUGUCACCUCGGACAAAGAUGUCAAAGUGGGACCCGUAAGGGAUGCUUUCCUGGAGGUGUUUGGCAAAGCAUCUGUCACAGGAAAGGCUAGCCAACCAAGCAUAGCACCCCAGCCAGUGGGCUAUACAGCUGGGUUUAAAGGGGCAGAGGAGAGGAUACAGAAUUUGAGAAGAAAUGGCACGAUACACGAAAAACAACCUGCCGUCUCUGUUGAAAACUUCAUUGUCGAAAUGUUGCCUGACAAGUGGUUUGAUGUAGGCUGUAUCCUACUAAGAGAUCCAGGGCACCAGAUAGACCUACAGACAUUCACUCAGGCCACCCCAGUACCCGUGGACCUGGUUUUAGAGGCCCAGGACCUCACUCCUGCCGACUAUAACCUGCGGUGGUCAGGUCUCUCUGUGACAGUUGGAGAACUUAUCAAUAGGAAAAACCCCCAGAUCAGUCACUCAGACUGGCAUGUCCAGUACUGUGGGAUAAGCAGGAGGGAGCUGGUUUAUAAAGCGGCAAAGUCAAUAGCAUGGAUGUACAUGCAGAGACUUGGCACUGUGCCCCUUUGAAGAUUCUGGUGUAGGGUUUUUUUUUCUCUGUAUAUAUAUAUAAAUAUUUUAUCAUUUCUUUGAUUUUGGAGUGUUUACACUCUUAAAACAUCUGAUGAGAGAAUAUACCACUUGAGUCCGUCUCAUUUCUAUGUCUGCACAUACAGAUGUUUUGGCAAUCCAUGACGUUCAUUCAAAUGAUGAAGUGCUGGAAGUGUUAUUGUGGAAAUAUGUGUGUGCUGAGAACAAGUGGUAUAAUUGUGGCAUAAUUUAAAAAGUAUAUAUAUAUAUAUAUAUAAGUCUCAAAGAGCUUACAGGUAAUCAAAUUCAUGCACUAUAGUAAAAGAAGACUAGUUUUAUUUAAUUAAAUUUAACCAGAUUAAAGAUAAUAUCUGUGCAUACAUGCAAAUGUUGGUAUCAUUGCAAAAAUGACAAUUAGGUGUAAAGCACUUGUGAUGGAUUUGAAGUGAUAGUAAAUGAUAGGUCAUUGAUAACAGGCAAGUCUCAUAAUGACAAUUUAGUAACCAAGUCCAUGUUAUAUUUGUAUUGUACUGUUAUAGAAUGUUAUUGAUUUAUCAUGUUUUACUCAUGGGAAUACAUGAGGAAUUGCCAUCGGGUAAUGCAGGAUUGUCUUCUGUGAAUAUUUUUGGGAAGCAAUUGUACUUUGCAGUGGGAAAUAACAUAAUAUUGCAAAUAAACGUCAAAAUAACCCUGGAGGAAGUGGUGAUGAAAUGUCAAAUUAGCUGUGGGAAUUGCAAAUGGGUUAUUUAUUGAAGGUGAUUAUAAAGAACCAUGGUUUUAAAGAAAUAACUUGGCCAGAUCAUUCAUCAUGGACUGGGAGAAACUAUUUAUACAUUUAUAGUAGACAAGUAGAGAUUUUGUAUCUCAUCACAAAUGACCUAUUAAAAUCAAAAAUUAUUCUGUAGGUUUUCCAUUGAAAAUGUCAAAAUGUUUUACAGUUUGUAAAUAUACAUUGCUAAUUCAUAAA